AUGGUUGGCUCGUUGUUCACCAUGAAGUCCACCAAGCACCAGCCCAGUACACGUUUGAUGCGUACGACGGACGAUUCGAAACCGUUUGCCAAAGACAUGAAAGAGCUCUUUGCGACGUUGAUGGUCAGUCUGAAGCUUGGUCCGAAUCGCGUGCGUCUCUCCAAAAUCGACCACACAUUCACCAUCGAUGAAGCCAGUAUCAACCUGGGCUCGCUCAAAUUCACACAAUCAGCACGCAUGCCGGACCCAAAGAACCCCAACCGCAUAAUCACGACGACAUCUACAACCACAUUCUCAAUGGGUAGGGAAAUGGCUCGCUCGAUCCUGGUAGACUUCAUGCUUGCCCGGCUCGUGGAGCCGCUGAAUGGGACGAUCACGCAUCUGAGCAAGGGCACCGUCUGCCAGAUGACGCCCAAGGGGAUUGCCACCUUGCAGAUUUUCUGCAACCGAAACGGAAUCACAGCACCGCAUGUGGUUCGAGUACUUCAGUCGCCCCGGAACCGAAUGACCCUCCUCACCCUUGAGCGUGCGAUCGAUACUGACAAGGUGUUGAUUGACCGACAGACCAUCGAGGUGAUUUUCCGUCGCUUUGCUGGUGCCGAGGGGCCCAACGUCCGGCCGACCUCGUCAGAAUCCGACAAUAAUAAAGGAGAUAACAACAAUGGCGUGACUGGAGUAAAACUCUCGCGCGAUACUCGCGUGAAUGGGAAGCGAUAUGCAUACACAUUCAAUGGCAAAUCAGCCCUUGACUGGCUUAUGGACUGCUGCACGGUGAUUGAUGACCGUGAAACGACCCUGAUUUGCGAGCAAUUCAUCGCCCACGGACUCGUGGCUCUUAUCCAGCAUUAUGACAAGUCGCAAUUUGAAAAGUCAAGCAGCACAAUCGCCGAUGUUGGCUCAAGUAGUAGCCAGUUCGACUCGUCGCGCUACUCGGUAUAUGCCUUCACCUCGAGAGGGCUUAAAGUGUGCGGUUGGACCUCAGGAUCCCACAAGAAUUCAGAAGAUGAAAAAGCCAGCUCUGUGGUUGGAGUCCCAGUCUGCGGUGCAGACGUAUCCAACAAGGCUCGUCUUGACUACAUUCUGGCAGACCCGUCAUUGCGACUGCUCUUUCGCGAGUUUCUCUGUGCCUCGUUCUGCGAGGAGAACCUGUCGUUCUACUGCGAUGUGUCUGAGUUUAUCAACCGAUAUACCCGAUUGCAACAUUCGAAAGGCUUGGAACAUAUGCCAAAAGUGCAGGAAACUCUUGCUGCUGCUUACAGUCUAUACAAUGCUUUCCUGGCCCCUGGCUCCCCAUGCGAACUCAACAUCGACCACACCUUGCGCAACAAUCUGGCGUCGAAAAUGACCAACAUCAGCGGCGACGAGAAAAAUUUCGUGACUCAUCUUGCCGAAGUCGUGAAUCUGUUUGAGCUUGCUCAGGGAAGUGUCUUCAAGCUGAUGGCCAGCGACUCGGUUCCCAAGUUCUUUCGCACACCAAAAUACAUGGCCGUUUUACAAGAGCACGAGCUUGACCCUGCAGACUCGAGCAGUCGAUCCUCGUCACCCAGCACUGCAUCCAAAUCGACCGUGUGA